AUGCUCGUCAAGUACCUGGACGACUACUACGAGAUGGUCGAGCUGAAGGUGGGACUGGAGCUCCGCACGCGCGUCGGCGUCGAGAACUACGGCCUGGGCGUCGCGCGCAACUCCCAGCGGGAGAUCGGCUUCCAGAGCAAGGACGUCUCCAAGAUCCUCGGCGUCGACACGGUCGCCGCGCGCGCCGCGCCGCCGGACGGCAUGCGCGCCAUCGUCCUCACGCACGCCGCCGUGGCGCUCUUCUCCAUCGAGACCCUCGCGCGCGCCUUCGGCGGCUCGCAGGCGCUCGUGCGGAACGUGCUCCGCAAGCACGACUGCGAGUCGGGCGCGACGCGCGUGCAGUACCUCGCCAUCAAGGACGCGACCAUGGGCAACAUGCUCGUGUCCCUCGUCUACGACAAGAUCUGCGUCGUCGUCCACACGAGCCUGGGCGGCGACCUCGAGGCCAUCGACGUCUACAAGGAGCCCGUCAUGGUGCACGGCGUCGUCUCGUCCCUCGGCGAGGAGAAGACGCGCUUCGAGACCAUCGUGGCCUUCGAGGAGUUCUCGCGCCAGACGCUCACGGUCGACGGCGAGUUUGUGUCCUACGCGAUGCUCGGCGUCGGCGCGACCAAAUUGGUCGUGAACGUGGCCGAGGGGUCCAAGGUCCACGUCGCGGAGCGCGGCGCCGAGGGCCUCAAGGCGAAGCUCCAGGAGGCGCUGCGGUUCGACGAGCGCAACGUCGGCGACGACGACGCGAACCUGCUCGUGCCCGCGUCCUUCCUCGAGGAGUACGACCCCAUGGACGCGCUCGCCGCGUUCGCGGAGGACGAGCACGGGCAGGAGCACGCGGCGACGCGCGCGCGGCUCUUGGACAUCCUCACGAAGCUCGACGGCACGCACCCGGCCUGGGCGUCCGGCGACCUGCGCGGCCGCGCCGUGCUCGUGGCGUCGCUGCGGGCGUUCGCCCAGCACUACAAGAACAUCGAGUUCAACGCCGGCGACGUCCGCGCGUCCGAGGCCUUCGCCAUCCACAGGACGACGUGGGCCAAGUCCUGCGGCGCGGGCAGCGACCUCGGCGCCGCGCACCGCGCGUUCGUCGCCGCCAUGGGCACCGUCGUGCGCCAGGAGGCCGGCGUCACCUACGACCUCGCCGCGGACCCGUGCCCGUCCGUCGCCAUCGUCGCCUACGAGCGGUCCGACGCCGCGGACGACUUCGAGAAGCAGACGAUGGAGAUCGCGCAGGCCGGCUCCGUCGGCCGCAGCCACGCCACCUACAACGCCUGGUACUUCCGCUACUGGCUGACGAUCAGCCAGUGCUCCAAGGACAUCGCCAUCGGCAUCCUCGUCCGCCUCACGCUGGCGGCGCAGCUCCGCCACAUCGGCGUGAGCUACGAGGACCUGGCCAUCGCGGGCUCCAGCGGCGUCGCCGCGGCGCUCCGCGCGACCGUCGGCGGCGACGCGACGCCCGUCGUCCUGCUCACGGAGGUCAAGGUCGGGAUGGACGCCUUCGGGACGAAGUCCGCCGACGCCCUCCAGAUCCCGCUCCGCGUCGUCUUCGGCGAGAACGGCUGCGAGGCGACCUACGCGGAGAACGCGCGCAAUCCGGUCGUCCUGCGGAUCUGGACCGCGGGCCCGUGGGCCCCGUUCCUCUGCCUGUCCAACCGCGGCGCGAUCGUCCAGCUCAAGGACGCCGGCGCGACCAUGCUCGACAACGGCCGCGGCUUCUCCUUCGAGCAGCAGAUGAUGGGGCAGGGCGCGGCGGUGUGCCUCCUCGAGCGCGCCCAGCGCAGCGCGGCCGGCGAGCGCGAGCCCUACGCGAUGCCCUACGUCGACGCGCGCGACACGUCGGCGUCGAAGUCCACGCUCGUGUCCUCCCUCGAGACCGCCAUGACCUUCGCCAUCCAGCUCCUCGGCCCGGACGUCGUCGCGCUGAAGACGCAGCGGCCGCCCUGCGACGGCACGGAGGAGCCCGUGGCCCAACGGCCGCGCAUCGACGAUGGCGCGGCGGCGGCGGCCGCGGCGGCGGCGGCGGCGACGACGAUUGACGAGCUGUCGAAGCGACUCGUGUCGGCGUCGUUGUCUGGGAGCCUCCUCUACCGGCCGACGCCCUCGGAUUCCCAGCUCGCGGCCCUCACCGUCCGCGGCGCGGUGCUCGGCGCGGAGACU